UCAUCCAAUUCAACAAUGGAGAACCGAGCAGUUCAAGAGAUAUUGGAGAAGCAAUUGCUAACGGUUGCGAAGGCGGUGGAGGACAAGCUCGACGAGGAGAUCGCAGCCCUAGAUCGAGUUGACGAUGACGAUCUGGAGGCGCUUAGAGAGCGGAGGCUUCAGCAAAUGAAGAAAAUGGCGGAGAAGCGCAGCCGUUGGAUCUCCCUCGGACAUGGCGAGUACUCUGAGAUUCCUUCCGAGAAGGAUUUCUUCUCUGCCGUUAAGGCCAGCGAUCGGGUCGUCUGCCACUUUUACCGCGAAAAUUGGCCCUGCAAGGUAGUGGACAAGCACUUGAGUAUAUUGGCGAAGCAACACAUGGAGACACGUUUUGUGAGGAUCAAUGCUGAGAAAAGUCCCUUCUUAGCGGAGAAGCUCAAGAUUGUUGUUCUUCCGACCAUUGCUCUUAUUAAGAAUGCCAAAGUGGAUGAUUAUGUGGUUGGAUUCGAUGAGCUUGGUGGGAAAGACGACUUCAGCACAGAAGAACUGGAAGAGAGGUUGGCUAAAGCCCAAGUCAUUUUUUAUGAAGGUGAAUCAUCUAUGAAGUCUAGUGCACAAACCAGGAGUGUCCGGCAAAGCAGCAAGGCCGACUCAUCAGAUUCAGAGUAAAGCCAUAGCUAUCUGUUUUGGUUGUUAUUAAAAGGCAGAGCUGUUCUUCCUUCGUCAUUUGCGACUUUUGGUUGUUAUUAGAAAGCAGAGCUGUUCUUCCUUCGCCAUCUGCGGAGUCACAAAUUCACCUGCUUUUGUGGAAUGGCCUAGUUUAUGAUUUGUAUGAAGUUCAGAUAUAUUACUGCCUCUUUAUGGUAUCGUUGAGACCAUCAUCUAGAUGGUAUGACAAUAGUGUCGAUGCUUGUAUU